AUGGCAACAACAUCGCAGCCUCUGCAAGGUAAAACAACAUGUAAAAAAAUAUUUUGGGCAGUGUUUCCUCAUGCCUGCUUCAUUGUGUCUCUUGUCAUCUAUGCUUUUCUUGGGGCUCUCAUGUUUUCCCACAUUGAAAGUACCCGGAAGGUCACAGUAAGUGAAGAAUACAGAGCAUUUCUGCGGGAUCUGAUGUGCCUCGCCAGAAAGUUACCAGAUAACUGGACAGAUAACCUGACAGAAAAUGAGACGUUUAACCGCGACAUCCAUCAGCUUUUGAACACAGCUGACCCAGUCUGGUUUAUCAACCCAAAAGAAAGAUGGAAUUUCUUUGGGUCUCUCUUUUUUUGCUGCACAGUAUUCACAACUGUGGGUUAUGGUAAUACCUAUCCUGUGACACCGAAAGGGAAGUGUCUCUGUAUGUUGUAUGCUUUAUUUGGGAUCCCCCUGAUGUUCUUGGUCCUGACAGACAUGGGAGACAUCCUUGCAACUGUCUUAUCCAAGUCCUACAACGAGUUCAGGAAACUGCAGUCAAAAAUUCUUGCCUCUAAACUCUGUUCUGGAUCCCCAUGCAGCAAAAGGAAUGAACUGAAAUCCAGGGAACAGUCUAAAAUAGUCAUCAACGAGCCCCUGACCAUUAUGGAAGUGCUGAGAAGUCAGUCAGGUGUGAAACAGGUCAAAUAUCGCAACGUGGAACUUUUUGAAAUGUUAAUUGCCAGGGAGAAUGAAAACACCCAACCAGCAAGAAAUAAAAGCAUGGAGAGAUGGAGUUCAUGUCCUGAACUAGCCAGGGAAAAGACUGUGUCCAGAGUAAUCAAGAAUUUUGACAACAUAGGAAAAGAGUUAGAAAAAUUAGAUGUGCCCAUUGUGUUGAUGGUGCUCGUUAUCUUUGUGUACAUCUCCUGUGCUGCUGCUAUUCUUCCAAAAUGGGAAAAAAAAAUGGAUUUUCAGGAAGCCUUUUAUUUCUGCUUUAUCACUUUGACCACUAUUGGAUUUGGAGAUACAAAGUUAGAACAUCCCAAGUUUUUCUUGUUUUUUUCCCUCUACAUUAUAAUUGGCAUGGAAAUUGUCUUCAUUGCUUUUAAGCUGGGCCAAGACCGCUUGAUUGUCCUGUAUAAAAAGGUGAUUUCAUUUUGUGCAGAGAAAAAUAUGCCAUCAAAGAAAAUAUAUCCAAAAUAA